AGCCCUCGCCAGGCACGCGCCACUCCGACAAGUCCAAUCAUCGCACGACUAAAAGCCGCUCUCCCUCCCCAUCAUUACCACCUAUUCAACCACACAAAGCGUGUAAAACUACUUCAUCCGUCUCGCUGCUGACGGCCGGGGACAGAAAGAAAGACUCCGUCAACUGAAACAGUCAAAAGGCCUGGUGUUCAUGGUCAUCACCGCUUUUGAGCUGCUCCAACGCCUUAUCGAGAUGAAACUGGACCAAGAUCAGAACCCAGUGCUGCUGUACAUCGUCCACCUCAUGGUGUGGUUAAACAGCGUUUUGACCUUUCUGCCCUACUACUUUUUUACUUCGAUUUCCAGACCCAAAGAUGCCGAUUUUGGCUUUGCGCUAGACCCGGAAACGAGGUUUGCUCUGCCAGUGCUGGGAAAACCUGAGGGACCUUACCGUGCAGUGAACGCCGAAAAGAAACUGAAGGCAUUGCUGCAGCCGGGACUGGACACGUUGGCUAAGGUCUUUGAGAACGCAGUCAGGAGAAUCCCGCAGAAAGACUGUCUUGGCACAAGGGAGGUGAUUAGUGAGGAAGAUGAGCGGCAGAGCGACGGAAAAGUAUUCAAGAAGGUGAUUCUUGGCGAGUACCAGUGGCUGUCCUUUGCCGAGACCCUCUCAGCAGCGUCCCGGCUCGGCUGCGGUCUGGUGUCACUGGGGCAGAAGCCGAAGCACAACAUAGCCAUCUUCUGUGAGACAAGGGCAGAAUGGAUGAUAGCUGCCUUGGCCUGCUUCAUACAGGGCUUCCCAUUGGUUACCUUCUACGCAACACUUGGAGGUCCAGCCAUCUUUCACGGCCUAAAUGAAACAGAAGUAACCCAUAUAAUCACCAGCAGAAAGCUCCUGGACAACAAACUCAAGGCUAUUCUACCGAAACUUUCAAAGCUGCAGUGCAUCAUAGUAGUGGACAACACGCCAACCGCGCUGCCUGACAAUCCCAGUGGCAUUAGCAUCCACAACAUGGCUGCAGUGCAGAAGCUUGGAGAUAAGACAGAGAUAUCAGAGUCUGAGCAGUAUCAGCCUCUGCCUUCAGAUAUCGCCGUCAUCAUGUACACCAGUGGAUCCACAGGUACUCCUAAAGGUGCCUUGAUUUCUCACACCAACAUUAUUGCGAGCAUCACUGGAAUAGCUGAGCGGAUACCUAACCUGAGCGAGGAAGACAGUUACAUUGGCUACCUACCUCUGGCCCAUGUACUGGAGUUGAUUGCAGAGCUCGUGUGCCUUUCUCACGGCUGUAGGAUUGGCUAUUCUUCAGCUCAGACCCUCACUGACCAGUCCAGCAUGAUCAAGCGAGGCAGCAAGGGAGACACCAGUGUCCUGCAGCCCACUCUGAUGGCAGCCGUCCCUGAGAUCAUGGAUCGCAUUUAUAAGAACGUGAUGGCCAAGGUGGAGGCGACGUCGUGUGUCCAGCGAAUACUCUUCACACUGGCAUACAACUACAAACUGGAGCAGCUCAGCAGAGGUUGCAGCACACCUCUGUGUGACAUAUUUGUCUUCAAGAAAGUUCGUUCUCUCCUUGGCGGUCGAGUACGGAUGAUGUUUUCGGGUGGCGCCCCACUUUCCCCUGCCACAGAACGCUUCAUGAAUGUGUGCUUCUGCUGCUCCGUGGGUCAGGGAUACGGCCUGACCGAGACCUGUGGAGCUGGAACUGUGAGCCAGGUGUGGGAUUACAGCUCGGGGCGAGUGGGAGCGCCGCUAGUUUGCUGUGAGAUCAUGCUUAAAGACUGGCUGGAGGGGAAUUAUCGUACUACUGACAAGCCAAAUCCCAGAGGAGAGAUUCUAAUCGGUGGUCCCAACGUUACGAUGGGAUACUAUAAGAACCACUCAGAAAACCAAACCGAUUUCUUUGUGGAUAAGAAUGGACAACGCUGGUUCUGCACAGGAGAUAUUGGGGAGUUUCAUCGCGACGGAUGCCUCAAGAUAAUUGAUCGUAAGAAAGACCUGGUGAAACUGCAGAGGGGAGAGUAUGUCUCCCUGGGAAAAGUGGAGGCCAUGUUGAAGAAUUGCGCUAUGGUUGACAAUAUCUGCGCCUAUGCUCGGAGCAGCGAGACGUACGUGAUUGCCUUUGUGGUUCCCAAUGAGAAGCAGCUGCAGGCUCUGGCUGACCAGUAUGGCAUCAGCGGCUCGCGGGAGGAGCUUUGCAACAACGACGCUAUGGCCGAGCUGGUGCUUAAGGUCAUCGACAAAGCCGGCGUCGCAGCGGAACUCGUGAGCUUUGAGAUCCCUGGCAAGAUCUAUCUGAGUCCAGACCCCUGGACCGCCGAAACUGGACUGGUGACGGAUGCAUUUAAGCUCAAGCGGAAGGAGCUGGAGGCCUAUUACCGGGAUGAGAUUGAGAAGCUGUAUGGAGGGAAGUGAAGACAAAAGCUUAGGUAGCACACUCCCUACACAAACCCGGACCGAUCCUAAAAAAUUAUGGUGAAAGAAAGCUUGAGAGCGCAUUGUGUAACCCAGGUCCACUCUCGGUGCUCCUACUUGAAUUUAUAGCUGCGUUAAGGCAGAAUCAUCGCUGAUUGUACAAUGGAGACGUUUCCAAGAGCCAUGUGUGCUGCUGUCUUUCCCCACUUUUAUCCAGGUGUACGACCUCUGUGUCAAGUGUUUUGUUGCUUCAGAUGGCAGUUAUGAAACGCUGACUGUGUCUGAUGAAUUGUAGUUGCCACGGCAAAAGAAUUAGAUUUUUUUUUUUUCUCUCGCAGAAUUGUUUCUGCGAACGUUUUUAAAGACGAUUAUUUUUCCCUGCAGGUCAGGUGACAGUAAGCGCUUAAUGCCCUGAAUGUUGACAGUGUAAAAUGGUCUUUACUGUUCACAUGUAUCAUGCUAAAAACAUUACAAAACACUCAGAAUAUGUCAGGAAUACAUUUUAAUAGUGCCAUGUUGUGACGUUACCACACUCCCAGUUCGCAGCUAAUGGGGUUACUGUAAACAAAGAAACUGUGCACUUUACGAUGUACUGCACACUAGGGCUGCACGAUUAUGCCCAAAAUAAUGAUCAUGAUUAUAUUUAUCAAUAUUCCAUCCAUCCUUUUCCUACCGCUUGUCCCUUUUGAGGUCGCGGGGGGCGAUGGUGCCUAUCUCAGCUACAAUCGGGCAAAAGGCGGGGUAAACCCUGGACAAGUCGCCACCUUAUCGCAGGGCAAUCACAGAUAGACAGACAACAUUAAAGGGGAACAUUAUCACAAUUUCAGAUGGGUUAAAACCAAUACAAAUCAGUUCCCAGUGGCUUUUAUUUUUCAAAGUUUUUUUCAAAAUUUUACCCAUCAUAGAAUAUCCCGAAAAAAGGCUUUAAAGCGCCUGAUUUUCGCUAUCUGUGAAGCCACCGUCCAUUUUCCUGUGACGUCAUCCAGUGAUAUACAUGCUAUCCAGCAAGAUAUAGCGACAUUAGCUCGGAUUCAGACUCUGAUUUCAGCGGCUUAAGCGAUUCAACAGAUUACGCAUGUAUUGAAACGGAUGGUUGGAGUAUGGAGGCAGAUAGCGAAAACGAAAUUGAAGAAGAAACUGAAGCUAUUGAGCGAAUAGCAAUUGACGCUAUCCGGCCAGGUCUGCCUUAGCAUCGCCGGUAAAAUGUGCAGACCAAACGAUCGAUUAGCUGGCUGUCAUGCCGCGACCAAAUAUGUCUGUUUAGCACAUAAGUCAAUAACAUCAACAAAACUCACCUUUGUGAUUUCGUUGACUUUAUCGUUGGAAAUGCAUCUGCUUUGAGUGUCGCAGGGUAUCCAUUCAUCUCUGUGCCAUGUCUGUCGUAACAUCGCCGGUAAAAUGUGCGGACCAAAUGAGGGGCUUUUGCAUCUCUUGACACUGGAGCAACUUAAAUCGGUCGAUUGGUAAGUGUUUGUUUGGCAUUAAAUGUGGAUGGAGGGAAAGUCUGGAUGCAAAUAUAGCUACAAAUGAGGCAUAAUGAUGCAAUGUGUACAUACAGCUAGCCUAAAUAGCAUGUUAGCAUGCCGUGCUAAUCGAUGCACAUUCUACGUAAAUCAACUUGAAUCCGUCCCUGAUCGUGUUGUUACAUCCUCCGACAACACAACGACGAGGCAUGAUGUCUCCAAGGUACCGGAAAACAGUCGAAAAAACGGAAAAUAACAGAGCUGAUUUGACUAGCUGCUUGUAAUGUGUUUGAGAAAAUGGCGGAUUGACUACCUAGGGGAUGUCACAUUGUGACGUCAUCGCUCCGAGAGCAAAUAAUAGAAAGGCGUUUAUCCAUCCAUUUCCAUCCAUCCAUUUUCUACCGCUUAUUCCCUUUUGGGGUCGCGGGGGGCGCUGGCGCCUAUCUCAGCUACAAUCGGGCGGAAGGCGGAGUACACCCUGGACAAGUCACCACCUCAUCGCAGGGCCAACACAGAUAGACAGACAACAUUCACACUCACAUUCACACACUAGGGCCAAUUUAGUGUUGCCAAUCAACCUAUCCCCAGGUGCAUGUCUUUGGAGGUGGGAGGAAGCCGGAGUAUCCGGAGGGAACCCACGCAUUCACGGGGAGAACAUGCAAACUCCACACAGAAAGAUCCCAAGCCUGGAUUUGAACCCAGGACUGCAGGAACUUCGUAUUGUGAGGCAGACGCACUAACCCCUCUUCCACCGUGAAGCCCAGAAAGGCGUUUAAUUCGCCAAAAUUCACCCAUUUACAGUUCAGAAAUUGGUUAAAAAAAUAUAUGGUCUUUUUUCUGCAACAUCAAGGCAUAUAUUGACGCUUACAUAGGUCUGGUGAUAAUGUUCCCCUUUAACACUCACAUUCACACACUAGGGCUAAUUUAGUGUUGCCAAUCAACCUAUCCCCAGGUGCAUGUUUCUGGAGGUGGGAGGAAGCCGGAGUACCUGGAGGGAACCCACGCAUUCACGGGGAGAACAUGCAAACUCCACACAGAAAGAUCCCGAACCUGGAUUUGAACCCAGGACUGCAGGAACUUCGUAUUGUGAGGCAGA